UUUGAAAGGAAGGCUAUGUAAAAUGGCGGAACGUCAAGCUGGGAUAUUGGUGGAAGGCUGCGACAGUAGCGAAGAUGUACAAAACAAGGAGUCCGCUUCAGAGUGCAGCCCUCGGGCUACAAAGAUGACACCCUCUCCCCCCAAGAUUUCACCGUGUGCCCUCCUACCCGAAGCCGUCACCCUGCCAGCAGAUGGUACACAGGAGGAGCCUCUUGGCUUAAACACCCAGGGAGAGAGACAGGGUGACCAGGAUGACAGGCCGUCUCUGAGUCCCCGCACCCGGAGGAAGUCAUGGAGGCGCUCGGCCAGGGGGAGACGCUCUCUCCCUGCCCCACAGAGUAACACCCAUGAGCUGUGUGAGGUCAUCAGCAGUUCACUACCAGAGGAGGAGAGGCUGGGGAAACUGAUAGAGGCAUCAAUGGAGCUGGCUGUACAGAAACUGGAGGCUGUUCUGCACUCUACCCCCGAAGCCAACAUGGAGGUUUUCCGCAGCCGGGUGGAGUCUGUGCAGCAGGAAUGGCAGCAUCUAGAGAAGGAGAUCAGGGAAAGUGCACAGAGUCAGCCCUCCCCUCCCAGGGAUUCUAAGGUGCAGGAGGCCAUGGAGAAGAUCAGGAAGUCCAUCCACAGCCUGCAGGUGGAAUGUGGAUCCUGGGAGUCUCUGCUAGAGAAACACCGCAGCAGAGCGGAGGAGUUGGCCAGGCGUGUGGAACAGGGGAGGACAGGUGGGCUGCCCCUGGAUCCCAGCUGCCUGGCCCAGUCCUCACAGAGCCAGGUGAUCCUCAGCAAGCCGGAUUAUAACAGCGCCCUCUGCAGGCAGCAGGAAGUGCUGCACACCAUGGAGCUGACGCUGGACACGCACUGUAAGAUCCUGAGGGGGGCGCUGUCGUACCAGGAGCAGUGUCAGGCGCUCAUCAGGGAGACCAGCGGCCACCUGGCUUCCACCACUGGGUUCCAGGAGUUGCCGUCCUCCCCAGUCAGGAAGCUGCUCAAGGCGGUCCCACAGCCUCCCUGCAAACUGGGGUCAGCUCAGUAGUACCCCCUCCUGUCACUUUACAUAUUGUUUUUACCCCCCACCUACAUAAGUGUGUUUUUAUAUAUAUAUAUAAAGAAUUGCAAGUGUUUUUCUUGAUGAAUUUUGUCUUUAUUGUUUUUACACGUUGUUGCCACUAGAUGGCACUGCUGUUCUUAAUACUGUAGUUGGCUUUAUUUUCUGUAUCUGCUUUUCUCCAGAUUUUACAUUUUUAAUGCGCAUUAAAUGUGACUGUAGUAAAA